AUGCGGCCCAGUCCGGUAAAUCCCACUGAGGGCCACGAUAUCCAGACGCCCAUGCCCGCCCUAACGGGAUGGGAAGAUGAUAUUUCUAUCAAGGGUAGCCCUGCCACUGCUAAUGGGCAAAAGGAUACCAGCCAACCAGACUGGCCGGAGUUGCCUAACGAUGGCUACUGGAACGAAAUGGCGGCUCACGAAACGACAGAAAAGACCGAGAAAAGGAAAGAGAACGCCUGCGAAAGCAAAAGGGCAAGUACGUAA